CUUUUGGUAUAUGUGAUGCCAAUCUCCAAAAAUCUCCAGAUUGCGUUCCAGCGCCUCCAGUGAAACCUCUGGUAGAGCCUCCAGUCAAGAAUUUCUACUGGAGGCGCUGGAACAGGCCCUAUAUCUUGCCAUAAUCCAACCAAAUCCAACAAGAACAAGUGUUCCAGGUCCGAGGAUUCUGGGAAGAUUAUUCUGCACCAAGAAACAUGUUUCAGCAUUUGGCGAAGCAGUUACCGAGAUGCGGUCGAAACCUUCUGAAGUCCGUCUUGCAAGAUUCUACUCGCAACACUAGGAACAUGGCAAAUGUCGCUGUCAAUGGCAUGAACAUCAACUACGAGAAGGCCGGCAGCGGCUCCUCAGUCGCUUUGUGCAUGCCCGGAGCCAUGGGCUCGGCGCUGACGGAUUUCGGCGCCCAGCUGAAGUCGUUGGCCGGUCCGGAGCUCACUCUGGUGGCCUGGGACCCGCCCGGCUACGGCCAGAGUCGGCCACCGGCAAGGCAGUUCCCGCCGACAUUCUUCAAAGAUGACGCGCUAGCGGCAGCCGAGGUCAUGAAGACGCUGGGUUACGAGCGUUACCACGUGCUGGGCUGGAGUGACGGCGGCAACUCGGCCGUCAUCCUGGCCGCCCUCCGGCCGCAGAGCGUCACCAAACUCGUCAUCUGGGGAGCCAACGCCUACGUCGGUGAUAAAGAUCAGGAGCUAUACGAGGCCUUGAGGGACAUCGAUAAGUGGUCGGCCAGAAUGAAGGCUCCCAUGAUCGAAAUGUACGGAGAAGAGUAUUUUCGCACCACGUGGAACGCCUGGAUUGACGGAAUAUCAGCUUUCAAAGAAAUCGAAAACGGCGUCUGCAGAAAGGAGACUCGCGAGGUUCGCUGUCCGACGCUGGUGGUGCACGGAGCGAAGGACGCCAUGGUGCCUCCCGAGCACCCGGAGUACUUCAAGCAGCACAUCCCCGACGCCAGGUUGCACGUGUUUCCAGAUGGCAAACACAACCUGCACAUGAAGUAUGCCGACGAGUUCAACAAACUCGUGAGGGUGUUUUUGGCAGAGUGAUCACCCUGAGGGGACCAUCAUUUAAUGAAAUGUCACCCGAAGACAAGUCGUACAUCGUGAGUGUUGACGGAGAUGCACUUUGGGUGUUAUAAAAAGUUAGUCUGCGGAGAAAGGCUGGGUCAGUUGAGGUUUUUGUUGAAGAAAAUGUAGUUAUGUUAUGUUGCGGCAAUCCCGGGGACUGCUGUAUCUAUUAGCUCUGUGUUCGUGCCUACAUAUAUAAGCAAUAGCAUAGGCUGAGAAGACUACUGGUAUGCAGUAUGCAUAAGCCGUAUGUGACCGGCUGGCUUGCACCAGGGCUUAUAUUAUUCGUUUUGGCUGUCUGAAUUGCCUCGCUUAGUUAACGCGAUAUGUUUUUGGGAUUUACCGGCGGAUUCACGAUCUGCAUGUGCUGUGAUGACGAUACCUAUUAGCGUAUUUUGUAGUAGUUGUUCAUGGGCUAUUAUACUAAGACUCAAAUACAUCAUCAUUGCUAAC